GUGAGACAGAAGUAUAAGCUCGGGUACAAACGUGGGUACAAGGUACCCAUACCAGGGUUGAAUUUUUGAAGUCUAAAAGGACAAUUAAAACUACUACUAGUCUCUUCCCUCGCGUCUGCCGUUCGUUGCAAGUCCCAGUCGGAUUGCCUUCGUUGCCGAGUGGGGAGGUUGCUAAGCUCUCGCCGUUUUCCGAUUCCUAAGUGCCAGGCAUCCGUAAAGGAGGGAUUUCUUUUACACACAGAAACGCGACGCAGCAGGGAAGCUACAACUUGAGUGCAGUUGAAAAAGGAGAAAUUUGAAAAAGGAAGGAAGGGAUAGUAGGAAAAUGCUGCCUCAGAAGAUGAAGAGAGUCAUAACGGAAAACCCAAAGAAAUUAGGAGACUUAAUCGACCUGGUUAAUCUCCCUUCAACCAUGAGGGAUUUUAUGGGUCAGUCCCAGACCUCUCGCUUGGGGGCUUUCAAGCGCGUCUGGUCCUACAUCAAGGAGAACAGUCUCCAGGAUCCAAAUAACAAGAACUUGGUGAAGUGUGAUGGAAAACUGGGGAGUAUUCUGCUUGGUAAGUCGGAGGUGGAUCUUGCUGAACUCCCUGCUCUCAUCAAGUUGCAUUUCCCCAAGCGCCACCCCAAAUAAUUAGAUUGUGUAACAAGCCUGCCUCCCCACUGUCAUAAUCAAAAUCGACAGUGUGGGUAGAUCAUUCUGAAGAUUCUUUCUUCCCAGUUUAGUUUUAAUACUUGAGUUAAACCUCUCUUUAAUGUUCUAGACUUCUAGUAGGCCAUAAGGCCCCAUUGGCUUUAUGGAAUUCUGCAAUGCAUUGCUUUCACGCUCUGCUAUCCCAUUCAGCUUACCAUUUUUUUUGUUUGGCAACCUCAUCAAACUGCUGGCUCCGCGAUAGAUAGAUAAUGAACAUGGCAAUUAGCC